UAAUCCAAUUCCCCUUCUAGAUGUCCUUUCUCCCUUCCACCCCCCCUCCCGCCCCAGUUUACUCCACCGCCGCCGCCACCUCCUCCUCCUCCUGCUUGUCUCUGUGUCUCUCUCUCUCCCUCCCAGGACGCGUCGGAUGAUCCGGGGCCGCCGGGGAAGAGCUCCAGGCAGCAGCAGGGAGGCUACGUCCUCCUCCUGUCUUGGGCUGUAUACAUAUUUAAAAAAAAAGAAAGGGGGGAAAAGCCGGUGGCCCUCGGUGUUAUUUUGUAUUAAAAUGAGGAGGAGGAGGAGAAGGAGGAAGAAGCGGCGGCGGCAGCAGGAGCAGAAAGCAAUAGAGGAAGGAGCAGAAGAAGGGACGGCGGCGGCAGCAGCAGCAGCAGGAGGAGGAGUGAUGAGUCAACUAAUAAUUUAAUGGGGACAGAGAGAGAGAGGGAGAGCGCGAGCGAGCGAGAGGGAGAGCGAGCAAGCAAGCAAGCAACGAACGUCCGGGGGACACACACUCACACACACACACGCAAACACGCAGACACACCACCCUGUAACAUCCAGCAACAACCACCAAACCGGCCUAAAUAACCAUAAUAGCCAGCCGAGGGACAACAAGAAUUUUGAAAGCUCACAGGAUUUAUUUUGUUAUUACUAUUUGGGGUAACCUGAUUUUCCCUUCUUGCACCCUCCUCUCAUCUUCUCUCCCCAGCUUUCGUUUCUCCCUAAGUCUUCGGAAGUAGAUUUAUUUUUUUAUUUUUUUAUUUUUAAUUCUCUUCUCCGAAGUGAAGUGAUUUUUUGAUAAUUUUUUUUACUUUUGGUGGUGACUGUUUCCUUCCGCUCCCCCCUCCCUCCCUCCCUCCCUCCCCAAACGCAAUCUCUCUGGGUUAAUGAGGAAGGAGAGGCUUUCUGCAUUAUUAUGAUGAUGAUUAUAAAAAAAAACCCCGAACAGCAAGGACAAUAGUGAAACUGAAUUUUAGUGCCUUUACUGGAACUUUUCUAAUAUCCUUUUUACGUUUUUUUGCUAUGUUUCUUUUUCUAUGGAGGGUUUAUGCAGAAAGUUUUUGGAUUAGUUUUUUGGGGGGAAGGGGGAAGGGAUGUCUUUAGCUUCUAUUUUUUGUGUGCCUGUGUCUUAUUAGAAAAUAAUUGUAAGGGACAAGAUCAAUACAUUUUCUGUUUUCAGAAAUAUUAGGCAGAAGAGCUGUUUCAUUUCCUCCCCAUCUUCAUUCUCUGAUUUACACUUUUUUUGAAAGCAGAGUUAGACAGGUUACAACUUAUCUCAGUUUUGCUUUUCUUUUCCUUUAAUAGAAACUUUUAUUAUUGUGAGCAUUACACUUGUCUGGUUAAUUUUUUAGACUUUUUCAUUCCCCGUUAUUGGUGAGACUACGAUUCUCAGUACAUUAAUUGGAACCUCUGCCCUCCCCCUCCCCCCCCCCGCUUCUUGCCUCCCCCUCCCAUGGCUGUGAUGCUUUGCUUAUGUGUUUCCCCUUCCCCAGAAAAAUAGAAUUUUGGGAGGGAGGUAUCCUCCAGGUUUCCUUAAUUUUUUUUGAUUAAAAAAGGACUUAGAAAACAUCAGACCCGAGCUUCUUCCUCCUCUUCAAGAGAUCGGUGUGCAAAGGAAAUCUCCUUUGUUUCCAUUAUUUAUAUGCUGUCAAGUUUUGAAGUGGAGGUAAUGGUGAGCUGGCUUGUGAUGGCUAUUCUUUCUAGCAGGUGAUCUUUAGAGGCGGGACUGAGUAUGGAUCAUUUGAACGAGACAACUCAGGGGAAAGAACAUUCAGAAAUGUCUAACAAUGUAAGCGAUCCGAAGGGUCCACCAGCCAAAAUUGCCCGCUUGGAGCAGAAUGGGAGCCCGUUAGGAAGAGGAAGACUUGGAAGUACAGGAACUAAAAUGCAAGGAGUGCCUUUAAAACACUCUGGACAUCUGAUGAAAACACAUGCUAGAAAAGGAACCAUGCUUCCAGUUUUCUGUGUAGUGGAACAUUAUGAAAACUCCAUUGAGUAUGAUUGCAAAGAAGAGCAUGCAGAAUUUGUUUUGGUAAGGAAGGACAUGCUAUUCAACCAGCUGAUUGAAAUGGCAUUGCUGUCGCUUGGAUAUUCUCAUAGCUCUGCUGCUCAAGCAAAAGGACUAAUCCAGGUUGGGAAAUGGAACCCAGUUCCUCUCUCCUAUGUGACAGAUGCCCCUGAUGCUACAGUAGCUGACAUGCUGCAGGAUGUUUAUCACGUGGUCACACUGAAAAUCCAGUUGCACAGUUGCCCUAAACUAGAAGACUUGCCUCCUGAACAAUGGUCUCACACAACAGUAAGAAAUGCUCUGAAGGACUUACUGAAGGAUAUGAACCAGAGUUCAUUGGCCAAGGAAUGUCCCCUUUCACAGAGUAUGAUUUCUUCCAUUGUGAACAGCACUUACUAUGCAAAUGUCUCGGCAGCAAAAUGUCAGGAAUUUGGGAGGUGGUAUAAACAUUUCAAGAAGGCAAAAGAUAUGAUGGCUGAAAUGGAUAGCCUUUCUGAACUAUCCCAACAAGGUGCCAACCACGUCAACUUUGGACACCAACCAGUCCCAGGGAACACGGCUGAACAGCCUCCAUCCCCUGUUCAGCUUUCUCAUAGCAGUCAACCACCUGUUCGGACCCCACUUCCAAACCUGCAUCCUGGACUUGUAUCUACUCCCAUUAGUCCUCAGUUGGUAAAUCAGCAACUGGUAAUGGCCCAACUGUUAAACCAGCAGUAUGCAGUGAACAGACUUCUAGCCCAACAGUCCUUAAACCAACAGUACUUGAACCAUCCUCCUCCGGUCAGCAGAUCCAUGAACAAGCCGUUGGAGCAGCAGGUCUCAACUAACACAGAGGUGUCUUCCGAAAUCUACCAGUGGGUGCGUGAUGAAUUGAAACGAGCAGGAAUCUCGCAGGCAGUUUUUGCACGUGUGGCAUUUAACAGAACUCAGUGGAAAAGCAAUUGGCAUGUUGUGGAAAAAAAGCAAUGCAGGAAAGAAGUUACAAACUAUAUGCUGAAAUUUGUUUGCAGUAGGAAUCCAGCUACAAUCAGUACAACUAAGGGCUUGCUCUCAGAAAUCCUGCGAAAGGAAGAAGACCCCAAGACCGCGUCACAAUCUUUACUGGUAAACCUUCGGGCAAUGCAGAAUUUCUUGCAGCUGCCGGAAGCAGAAAGAGAUCGAAUAUACCAGGAUGAAAGGGAAAGAAGUUUGAAUGCAGCUUCUGCAAUGGGCCCCACACCUCUUAUAAGCACACCGCCCAGCCGACCAACACAAGUAAAAACUACAGCUAUUGCAACAGAAAGGAAUGGAAAACCAGAAAACAAUACUAUGAACAUUAAUGCUUCCAUUUAUGAUGAGAUUCAGCAGGAAAUGAAGAGAGCUAAAGUGUCUCAAGCAUUAUUUGCAAAGGUUGCAGCAACUAAAAGCCAGGGGUGGCUCUGUGAACUCCUGCGCUGGAAAGAAGAUCCUUCACCUGAGAAUAGAACCCUGUGGGAGAAUCUGUCAAUGAUCCGGAGAUUCCUCAGUCUUCCUCAGCCUGAAAGAGAUGCCAUUUAUGAACAAGAAAGCAAUGCAGUUCAUCACCAUGGCGACAGGCCUUCCCACAUUAUCCAUGUUCCAGCAGAGCAGAUUCAGAGCCCCUCUCCCACCAACCUUGGGAAAGGAGAGCAUAGAGGCGCUUUCUUACCUGGCCUGCUGACCACUGGACCUUGGCUGGGUGCUGCUCCCCAGCAGCAGCAACAACAACAACAGCAGCAGCAGCAGCAACAGCAACAACAACAGCAGCAGCAACAGCCACCACCACCAGGCCCCAGAUUACCCCCAAGGCAGCCAACAGUAGCAUCACCAGCUGAAUCUGAGGAUGAAAAUCGUCAGAAGACCCGCCCACGAACAAAGAUUUCCGUGGAAGCCCUGGGCAUCCUUCAGAGUUUUAUACAAGAUGUAGGCCUAUAUCCAGAUGAAGAAGCAAUCCAGACUCUUUCAGCUCAACUUGAUCUUCCCAAAUACACCAUCAUCAAAUUCUUUCAGAACCAGCGAUAUUAUGUCAAGCACCAUGGAAAGCUGAAAGACAACUCAGGCUUGGAGGUGGAUGUUGCAGAAUAUAAGGAAGAAGAGCUGCUUAAGGAUUUGGAAGAGGCUGCACAAGACAAAAAUACGAACACACUUUUUUCAGUUAAAUUAGAAGAAGAGUUAUCUGUAGAAGGGAACACUGACAUUAAAUGAGUUGAAAGACUGAUUGAAAAAGUAUUUAUUCAACAGUGUCACUGCUAUUUACUAAUGAAAUGAAAAUUCCAUCCUGUGUUCUGUCAGCAACCUCUAUUCAUUGUUUGGCCAAUGAAUCUUCCAAAACUUGCACAAAAGUUGAAAAAGGAUAAUGCAGACUGCACUAGAUAUUUUACAAUUUGCUUCAGAGCUACAGAUGAAGCAUUGAGGAUUGUUUCAUAUUAAUUUGUGUUCACUGGGUACACCAAGAUGUAUCCAAUAAGCAUGAUAUCUGUGGGUUGUUUUUUAUUAUUAUUAUUAUUCUAGAGCUUUCAGACAAGCAUUACUUUUGUGAUUUAUUGUUUUGGUUUUGGUUUAUUUUCCAAUUAUUACUGUUAACACUCCACACUUGAUCUUUGAAAGCUCACAUUUAUUUAAAUAAUAGAAGAAAAAGAAGAAGAAGAAGAAGAAGAAGAGUUUGUUACUCUUGCUCUAUUGUAUGUUACAAAAGAACUAUAGACUGUGGGAUGCAGUUUAAAGUUAACAUAUGCCAACAAAUGCCUUGUAUUAUAUGGCACUGCCGUAACUCAGAUUUGUUUUCUUUUCAGAAAUAAGAGGUCACUGUAUCUUUUUCAUUCUCAUUCUCAUUGUUACAUGAUUUUUUGAAAACAAAAUGUGAAACACUGUUUUAUCCCCAUUAUUUAUUUGUAGAUCCUACAGCAUCAUGUUGUAAUUAAUUUUUAGAAGUUUCCGUUAAAUGUAAUAUUGCUUCUCUUGUUAUCAUACUGAUUUUUUUUUCUAUUUAUAAAUGUAUUUUGAUGGGCAGUAAAACAAAGUGUCUUAAAAGUUUUAAAUAGAGAAAAUGUGCUUUACACAGUUGCCUAUAAAAAGUGCUCUAUGUUAUCCAAGCAAUUCAUACUAUAAGCUUCACUCUUAUUGUUGUAUGCAAUUUUUACUAUCAUGCAAAUAAGCUUAGGUAAAUAAAACUAAUAGAUCACCUUAGAAACUUAUGCAAUUAAUGUGAAAAUAAUUGAUGUUUGCAAUGUGUCUUCCUUUGGUUUACAAUCAAUUUUAAAGCUACAGCUGUAUAAAUUUUCUGUAUAAAGGUGUAUUUCUUUUUUAUGAGUUUAUUGCUAUGAAAACACCAGUUAUUUUGUUACAGCUGGCUGUUUUUAUAAGUGUAUCACAAUUUUCUUUAAGCAGAAAUGUUCUGACUAGGAGUGGUUAUUGACUGUAACUACACAAUUAAAAUUGUUUGUAUGGUAUGAUACGA